CACAUCCUCCCGUGCAACUACAACCGACUGGUGGCAUCCAUUCAUCGUCAGUCUAGUUUCGGCCGGCAGCAACGAAACAGCCGAUGGAUCGCAAGGAAGCUGGACUGACUGACCGUAACCUCCGCAGUAACGCAAUCACGCAGUAACGCUUGCCAGUGUCCAAUGUAGAGUUUGUGUGUGUGUGUGAUUUAAGGCAGUUCAAAGUCGAUUUAAAAGCAAAACUUAACGCAUCCAUCGCUCCAGUCUGAUGUGUUUGUUUGUCGGGUUGCUCUAGUAAUGUGUGAUGCUGCCGGACUUAUUAUGCUUCUUCGUGCAAAGUGCCAGCGUACAGGGAGGUCCUCCAGCUCUUAACAGAAAUUGUUAACAAUUUGUUGCGCUUCGACCGAGCAAGUAGCGAUAAUUAGUGCUUGGGUCGCUUCACUUCAUUGGAUCGAUUGUGGCGCAGGCACAGGCAAGCUCUUGCAGUGGUGUUCAUCGAUUGUGCAUCAUCAGUGCUGGUGGCUGUGUGAGUGUGCAACAUCAAAGAAAAUGGUUUUAUGUUGCAGUUAGUACAUACUCUUCAAUUCUACCUUCGUUGAGGACACUGGCUCCGACACACUUCGUCUGCUUACUGCUAGUGCAUUCUGGAUACUACUAACCUAGCAGCUGUGUUCAAAGAGCGAUGCCAAACUACAGAAACUUCUUCCUGAGCGAUCGUGCAUCGUGAUCGUGACGGUGAUCGCAUCGAACACUUGCCGAGCUUAACAUUAUCGUAGUGAGAAAAAAAAGAAACAUUUCAAACCGUGCUCUCCUGUCUGGUGUGAAGCAACCGAGCCACCAUCAUGUUCUCCUUAUGCGCAAAACCUGCCAACGAGUCCUCCAGGACAUCACCGCAGCUGCAGAACGUUACCUGUAAAAGUUGCAACUCCACAGUUGGAAAACAGAUCAAGGGGGGCUACCUACUUCGCUACAAAAAACAAGUCCUUUGGAGCCGCUGGUCGGAAGAAUGGGUUGUGCUGUAUGAUGACUCCACAAUGGCGUGGUUUACGGAACCGGGCCGCUCAUCACCUGCCGGGAAGAUUCUAGUCAAAGAGGCACCGGAAAUGCUUGCGAUUGCACACUGGACCGGUCAGAUACCGCGGCGGCCCCCUCUCCCGGAUGGCGUCAGUGUGUCGCAGCUAAUCGCGCUCGGGUCGCGCCGGAAGCGCUCCAAAGUGUACUGGAUGAUUGCGAAAUCGGAAGAGGAAGUCAGCGAUUGGAUUGCUGCCAUCACGAAGACGCUCCCGCCACCACCGCAGAUCGAGCUGGUUGUCGAUAAACCGCACCUGAUGGGUGUGCUUCGAAGACCGGUUGUACGGAUACGACCUGCUACCAGCUCGGAAGUGUCGGCCAGGCGGAAAAAUCGGCACACCAUCGAGCACAACACGACGAAGGUGAAGGGCGAGGCAGCCGUUGCAAUCCUGAAGAAGAACGCACAAGACAACACGGACCCGAAAGGUUCGCUGGCGUGUGCGCUGCCCUGGGGCCAUGGAUGGGGUUGGGCGACCCUUCCCAAUGGCAUCUGGAGCGGUGCACUCACAUGGUCGCAGUGCGAGGAUUCCAUCACACUGCACGCCCUUCCGACGACCCACUGUACCAACAUGAUAGAAGCACCGUGUGCCAGCGGUAUCUACCACACCGACAUCGGACCGUUCGAUCUGCACGGUAUCGAAGACGUUGGCGGUGAGGACUUUGACUACGCGAUGGACUGUGGAGAUUUCAUCUUUUAAAGUUCCCGCUCCCGACGGGAAGAAAAACACACGCAGCUGUUGGCCGUUGGAUGGCGACCAUCAAAUGACCAGCAUAAUAAUAAUUCUAGACCCAGUAACAUUUGCAACAGAAUCUGCCGUUACAACAGUUUUACAGAUCGGAACGGUUUUACGGUAUGCGUAGGAUGAACAUAAACAAAACCCAUCACACUAGAAACGCUCUUAAGAAAUCCUUUUCUUCGUCUGCCCAAUGUGAACAUGAAGGUACGUGAACAUUUAAUUCAAUUAUGGAGUACUUUUCACAACUACACAUUAGACGGCACAUUAGACGGAAAUUCGUUUUCCUGCAUCUCUUCACAUACAAAAAGGAAUUGACAUUUUCCACUCAUUUUUCUUAUGGACAUUUUUCUCCACUCCUCAGCUUAACAUACCCCAACAAUAAGCAAAACAAACAAAAGACACAAAUAUUGGUGCCCAACUCCAAUUGUAUCCACCGAUAGUGUAGCGAAUGCUGCCCGGAAUCACUAGACUAGACAGCAGCCAACAUUUAAAACAACGUACGCCUUCAGCAGCAAUAGAAUAAUCGUUCGUAAUCAACAGCAAAACCUUAUCCGUGUAGCCUUGCCGAGAUAUGAGAUGGAGCGCGCGUGGCGAGUGGAUCCACACGAGCUGGACAGUUGUCCGAUGUAGCCCGUAAAUGCUUGUAAAUGUUGUCGAUAUAGAAUGAGCAGACUUUGUGAACUUUUGUUGACAUCCACGGGUCCGUGUCGCGGUGUCGGUGUUCGUAAACCAAAUACUAAGUGUGAACGUGUGAAAUGAGGGCAGUGAUAAUUAUUGAUUGAUGUACUGCCUGUUCUUCCCUGCAGUCAGCACACACACACACAACAUAGGUGUAAAUGCUAUCAUAUACCGCAGUUAAUAGCAAUUAAAAAGGAAAAAGAAACCCUAGCGCUAGUGUGUACGUCUAAGGACUUGUGGAAACGAAACCAUUUGUAAGGUUUUUUCGGUUUUGUAACAGUGGUGUCCAGCCAGCAGAACCCAAAUCCCCAACAAAGAUAAGUCACCUAUAUUAGUAAUGAAUCAGUAUUGCCUUCCUAAACAUUAGACAAUUACCGAGGUAGAACACAUAUUCUUAACACGAUCAAUCGUUUGAAGGUACCAGCAUUGGCGGCACCCGCGUGAAUACCCGCGCGAUCGCCGGGCGCCCGUAAGCUGAUGCAACCGAAGAAUCAAAAGUAGUUUUUAGUGUACUCCUUUUGGGUAUUAAUUGACACAUUAUUCACCACUAUCUAUCUCUCGCUCAAUCCCGUUUUCCCAAACGCUCCCAAAAGCAGCAAAUCCGAUGUUCUAUUGAGAAUGAUAGAGAUUUAACCAUGUUGUUGCUGGAUGAGAUUUUUACGAUGUACUAACAUAAGAAGCGAUUAUUUACCUACGCACGAUGGUGCCGUAAAACGGAAUAUUUUACCCAAAUGGUAACCCUCACACAGGAUUCUAGUAUAAUGAUUUUAGAAUCGAGAAACCGAACUUCGGCAAACGGUGGAGAACGAGGUUUUUUACUGAUAGCAAACACAACCAAGCGUACAACACAACUCCAAAGACCAAUUAUCAAUUAUUCGAAUGGAAGUUUUUUUGGCGGUUUGAUUCUUUCUGCGAUAUCAUUCGAUCGGGCGAAAUUUGUAGUCGGUGUAGUCGCGAUGCCGGGGGCCCCUAUAAGUAUGUGACAUAAAGCGCAUGAAGCUGUCACCCGGACCCCGGGUCAGUGUCAGGCGAUUUGUGGUAAAGCUUAAUUCUACAUUAAUGUAACAAAUGUGUCCAACGGGGCACGGCGAACCGAACACGGGCGAAACCAUUGGAUAACGAGACGAGAUAUUGAACAUAUUUUUUUAUAUUCGGUCGUCACGAGACGGUAGCUCAAGAAACGCUGAAGAAUAAGCACGACCGCGAUGCACCCUAGGCGAUUGGAAGCUGAUAUGGUAACACCACACGAUACAUCCAGGGAGCGCAAGUUUUCAAACCAACUUCAAAGAGACUGGCAAACCGCGAUGAUAACCAAACCUUUCUCAACUAGGAAUAUAAAAAUAAACCCAACAAAACAAACUGCUAAAUAGCCGAUAAUGUUUCGAGAUAUAUGUAAGUUUCAACAUGAAGAAGAUGCGUGCACUAGAAGACUGCUGCCCUCGAUUGGGAUGAGGCCAUCAGUCUUCUUGCAAUGUCGCCAUGAAUGCAUAUUUUUAAAACAAAAACUACCAAACAUGUACUCUACACCCAUUUCCAAUUCCCACAUGGUCCUAAACAAGAUCAUGCUCCUCACCCAACCUUCAUAGAUGAUAGAUCGGGAUGGAGUAAGUAGCAUGCAUGCGUCUUAAUAUGCUCGAACCAGGCGCAUUUAGGCUUAUAAGAUUAUAAAGGAGAAUACAUACACAAUACGGGUAGAACCUAGCAAUCCACAAAACAACACACCGACAUCCAAGAUCGGACACAAUUUUUGAGUACCAUUUUUUGUGCAAUCGAACUGGGAGUACGUCAUACUUGCCGGAGGAGAAGUUUUUUGCUAGGAACGAAAACAAUUGCGGACAGCGAGAGAGAGAGACAGAUCGUGUCCUGUUUGGGUGCAGAAACGGAAGAACACACUGUACAACCAACCAACCAACCACCAACUAUUUCCCUAACUCGCCUCUAAUCAACGGCUCUGACAAUUCAGCUCGAUUGACCCCGAACAAUAAUAAAUAGUUGUUAAAGCAUCUUCCCCCUCGCCCCCAGAAUUUAAACAUAAGCUGCAACAUGCGAAUUCAUAAACCCUCUAGAGGAAGCAUAUAGGAGCGUAGCAGCUUUACGAUGUAUCAAUGUCACCAAUAAUAUUGGGCCAUAUGCCAUCCCGGAAAACGAACAGCAUUACACAUUAUACCAGCUAUCAUACAAUCCUACCAACUCAGUGUCAGUGUGAUGAUCACCGCUGCGUAACAGUCGGUGAAAAUAACAGCAAUUGUUAAAUUCGUUACAAAACAAUCAAGACGUGUGUAAGGAGAGCUGGUAGCAUUUAGGGAACCUGACACGUGGCAUGCGUGGAGAUCGAAACGAAAACAAACACAAAACAGUACUAGUGACCGUUGUAACUGUUUUUAGAAGGGCAUGUUUCAAAUCGAUGUUUAAAACUUAUCGACAUUUUAGAGACCUUCGCCUCGCGAACACGGGCGCACACGGUAUGUUAACCAUGUAACGCUAUAUACAUACAUACACAUAUACCUACCACACGGCGUAAGUCACUUACAAGCAGCAACUUACGCUACUUAAACCAAAUAUUUGCCUAAGGAAAGCGCCGGCCGGCGCCACCAUUAUGACGCUUUUCAUCGCGCAUCCAAAGGGGCCGGGAAAACGGGGAGUCAUACUUUGCCCGAAGUACGUGUAGACACCACAACACCCUUGCACGAACGCUGGUCGAUCGUGGUACGGGGAACGGUUGUUGGCGCUAGAAUUUGUUGAUUGUCGUUAAUACUGAAUGUUUGUGAUGUCUUGCUGCCUAGCACUUAUCGUCGAUGUUUCGAAGUGGUCACCGUACCACGGGGUAUGUAUUUGCAUCGUAUUGGUAAAGUAACAAACAAUAUAACACACACACACAUAGAACUUUGUUAGCCUUUGGAACCCACGUGCUAAGGCCAGGCGUAAUGUCAGGCGGACAGCUGCCGAUGGGUAAUUUUUAAAUAAAACAGUACGCCAACCAUUACGUAGUGAAGCGUUUUUGAUCCGUCAAGCCGGAACAUUCCACCUAGGAUAUCCCACUCCAAGCGCACCACCUUUACGCACAACCGACAAAUGGCGACAAUGCGCUGUUGAGCAGCGGUCCCAGCAAGGAUACAAGUACCCGUUUUUUCCAAGUACCAUUCCAACCUUCCGACCCACCCCCGUUUUAUACGCCCCGUCACGAUUUUGCGCCAUUACCUUGUGAUGAAUUAAUUAAAUAUGUUGUCCCGUUGGCCCCGUUUUCUGUCCAUGUAUUGUGACCCCGAUUGCCUGCAUUGGAAACUUUCAAAACUUACUACUAUCAAGAGCUCAUCGCGACCAAACCAAACGCUCUUCUUCCUCUUCGGGAACGGGAAGAUAUCGAGGGUGAUAGUCGCAACACGACACAGAAUACUUACGAUUACUUUACCCUAGAGCACAAUAUGCGGAAUAGAAGAAGGGAAAAGGUUACUCAAAAAUGUAGAACAGAGAUUCCCGCCAAUUGUUUUAUCUAUCUCUCGUACUCUGAUUGGAGGAAAUUGAUUUAGUCGAACGCCACCAUUAUGCCCCGAUUUGUUGUCAAAUAAAACCAGAUUAUUUACUAGAAGAAAAA